CCUAAUGUCCGAGUGCGAGCGCCAGAGGCAGGAUCUCUCCGCGAGGCCCCGUGUCUGCGAAACUGUUCGCCCGUGUCGUUGGGUAAAAGUGAAUCUCUCGGGAGAGAGACUAAGAUAGGAAAGGAAAGAAAGAGAGAGAGGGAGAGAAAACGAAAGAGUGGGAGAGAGCGGGUGGCUGGCAAAGCGGGAGUGAUAUAUCGCAAUCUUUAUAAUACAUUUUUUCGUGUCCCCUCUCGAGAGACUCGGAAAAUUUUCGCGCGUUUAAUGGAACUCGGUGUAGAGCGAAUAAUCCGUAAGACGUUCGGGAACGAGUAUAAGUGCAUUGUGAGUGAGAAGAAUGAAAAUCGGGGUGGUGACGCGAAAUAUCGGCGUAGGCAAUAUACACACCGUCGUUCCAAUACUAUAGCGAAUUCUCUUAUACUGCCACACAAAACGAGUGCGAGAAAGACGAGCGAUUAAGGGAGAAAAAAAUAGAGCGAGAGCGAGGGAGUGAGAGAAAAAAAGAAAGAGGGAGACAGCGUAAAAGAGGAAAAAAAAAGAAAGAAAAAGUUCUAGUUGCCGCGAGUGUGUGUAUCUAAGGGGACACAGGGCUUUUCAAAAGUGAGGGUCAAUGCUCGAGAGUGGCUAGCGGCUGGCUGGCUGGCUGGCUAGCUGGCAUUUCAAGUAGUCGUCGCCGUCGUCGUCGUGUGGUGAUUUUUUGUAGUUAAAAAACGAAAAUUAACGAAACAACAAAAAACAACGUGACUCUACCCUUUUUCCUUCGCCCCGAGGAAUUAUUGUGGGUUACAGAGAAAAGAAAAAAAAAAGAAACGUCGAAAUCGGGCCGUGUCGGUGAUAUAUACACGGUGGCGGCGACGGCGGCGGCGGCGAUGACCCACAAUGGAGGUCUUCACGGGAUUCUCCCUGCACGAAGACGGGACCACGUUCGGGGAUGCGUCGUUCAGUGACUGAGGUGGCAAAUAGGAGGAUCCUGUCGCAGCGAGACGGAGGAUCGAAAUGCAGAAGAGAGACGGCAGAGAGAACAGAGCGGACAAGGAGCUUGCUCGUGGAGGCGGUGGCGGGGAGCGUGAUCGUGAGCAAGAAGCUACUAAAAGAACGCCUCGCGGAAACAACUACGCUAUAAGAACAAACAUGCAUACUUCAAGACACAGCGUUACUUCCACCUCCGCUGUUUUGAUGGUCGGACCCAAUUUUCGUGUUGGCAGAAAAAUAGGCUGUGGUAAUUUUGGAGAACUCAGACUCGGAAAGAACCUCUACAAUAACGAGCACGUAGCAAUUAAAAUGGAACCAAUGAAGUCAAAGGCGCCACAGCUCCACUUAGAAUAUAGGUUUUACAAAUUAUUAGGUACACACGUCCACAACACCCACAUAGAAGGUGUACCGGAAGUUUACUACUUUGGACCAUGUGGCAAAUAUAACGCAUUGGUGAUGGAACUCCUUGGUCCAAGCCUCGAAGAUCUCUUUGACCUCUGCGGUAGAAGAUUCACUCUCAAAACCGUUCUCAACAUAGCAACGCAACUUCUCCAUAGGAUAGAGUACGUACACAGUCGACAUCUCAUUUAUCGUGAUGUCAAGCCUGAGAAUUUUCUAAUCGGGCGAAGUACGACCAAACGAGAGAAGAUAAUUCAUAUCAUUGAUUUUGGAUUGGCCAAAGAAUACAUAGACUUGGAAACUAACAAGCACAUACCGUACCGAGAACACAAGAGUUUGACCGGUACAGCGCGUUACAUGAGUAUUAAUACUCAUCUUGGAAAAGAACAAAGCAGAAGAGACGACUUGGAGGCGCUCGGUCACAUGUUCAUGUACUUUUUGAGGGGCAGCCUACCAUGGCAAGGUCUCAAGGCCGACACCCUUAAAGAACGUUAUCAGAAAAUCGGUGACACAAAACGUGCCACACCUAUCGAGAUUCUGUGUGACGGUCAUCCCGACGAGAUGGCCACAUAUUUGAGAUACGUUCGCAGAUUGGAUUUCUUCGAGACGCCCGACUAUGAGUACCUGAGAAAACUCUUUCAGGAUCUUUACGAGAGAAGCGGUUUCCUCAACGAUGGUGAAUUUGACUGGACGGGAAAGACGAUGCCUCCGAACUUUCAACAACUCAGAGCUCUCAGAUUGGCCGCUCCGUCGAACGUAGAAAAAACAAAGUCCGACAAGUCUACUCCAGUGGGAUCGUUGCAGACAGGACAUGAAAUUGUUAUGUCGCCAAACCGAGAAAAGCUUGAUAGGCAUCCUACGACUCACAAGGACGUGGCAGGUGGAGGGGUGGGAGGCGGGGGCGGUAAAGGGGUGGGAACGUCUUGGCCGGACACUGUGAAGCAAUCAGGGGCUGGUGGCACAUUAACACCGGCUGAUAGACACGGCUCAGUACAGGUGGUAUCCUCGACCAAUGGAGAACUCGCCAACGACGAUCCUACAGCAGGGCACUCGAAUACGCCGAUAACUGCACCCCAGGAAGUCGAAAUGAUCGAUGAAACCAAUGUGUGCUUCAUUUCCAGAUGCUGCUGCUUUUUUAAGCGAAAGAAGAAAAAAAGUGGAAGACAGAAAUGACUGUCCGGUACAAUCGGGCUUGGUGGAACGGUACAGUGCGGGGGUAUUAGUGCCGCGGGAAACGGAGGUACCGGUGGCUUAACAAGAUGUGGCAAACGUGCUGGUGUAAACGUCGAAAUUGAUGAUACGGAGAUCGUUAACGUGAACGGUAAAGAAAAUGGAAAUACGGAACGCGAGGCUGUUACGUUGCUUCGGGACUUUAAUCGUGCUACGUACAGUGACGCGAUGCUUCAUACAAACGUUACAACAACAACUACGACAACUACUCCUACACCACCGCCGUUGUCCAACUGACUACUGACCACACAAAGCCAUUACUACUAUCACUACUGCUGUUAUUAUUACCAGUAUCACUAUUGAUUAUUAUUAUUAUUAUUAUUAUUAUUAUUAUUAUUAUUAUUAUUAUUAUUGUCAUAAAUUACGUCUCAUUAUCAUUUGGGCCCUCGACCUCGUCUUCACGCUGUUAUCAAAAAUCACGUCGAACGAUAAAGUAAUUGAUUUCGUUUGUAAAAUUUUCGUAGUCUCAACGUUGUUCUCACACUCCAUCGUCUCCCUGUUCGUUUUCCUGUCCUCAUCUUUUCUUUGUUUCAUUCUGUUAGUCUCUCUCUCUCUCUCCCUUGAAUUAUUGUUUAAUCAUGAAAUUCCGGUUCUCCCCUUGAAACGAACGAGAACAACGUUGAAACUCGGAAAACUUCUUGACUAGCAUUAACGAAAGAAAAAAAAAACUAUUAUUUGAGCGAAUGUACAAGGUGUUUUUCGUUUUUGAAUCUGGCUAACGAACACUUUUGCUGAAAAUCUCGUUGGAACUCGGCAGAGCGUUUGGAGAAAUAUUAGAAAAAAAAUGUUUCAACUGAACCGAUAAAAUGCUACCGAAUCCGGGAGAUUUUAAAAAAUUUCUUAAUGCUUCGAUUUUCAUGUCGUUGAUGUCUCUUUUGGAGGAUUGUAGAAAUUGAUUGUACGAUGAAAGAAUUUUGAAAUUUAAUCCGAAGAAUGUUCCUUCGCAAUUUGCUGAGCGAUUGCUGAGUUUUCGUCGUACGAUAAAGAUAUGAGAAAGAAAGGAAUUUUUUAAAAUAAACAUAAGAGUAUACGAUUCCCGUCUAACGAACGCUCUUUUCUCCGAUGCUCGAAAAAUAUUUAUGUACUCGUAACUACAUACCGCAAACCAAUGAAGGUUCUUUCUUUUUUUUUUUUACUUCAAGCUCGCUUCGAAUAUAGUCGCUUCAUACAAAAUAUGUUGUGUUUUUGUUAGUCUCCGGGUUAACGAAGAACGGAAAAAUCUCUGGUUAAAUCGGUUUAACUGCAACAACGUUUUGUACAAAAUUCAAAGUACCGCUUUUUCUCUGUUCAAUUCAGCAAACGUAACUGAUUGUCAAAUAAUCAAUUGUAUUUGAAGUCGGUACGUUCAGAAUGUAACAAUGAAACCACGCGAACGAGAGAAGGAGUGAGGGAGCAACAGUGUAUGCGCGUGGAAGCUAUUGUACGCAGGAGUGCAUCAAUUUCAGUAAAUCAGAAUGACAUUAUUUUGCUUGAAUUUUUAAAAUGUAUCUCUUUUUCCCAAUAAUUAAUUAAAUGUAUCAUAAGGCAGAACAAUUUUUGCGAGACAGACUAAAAUUAUUCUGAGAUCGUUUAUAAAUUGAAAAGUCACGUGCUCGAGUCAUAAAAAUGAAACCGAAUUAUCAUAUCGUCAUUUGUAAUCUUUCGUUGCUGCAUCAAUUUCAUUUUCUCAAAAACGAAUUCUUUGCGAGAUUACGAUUUUUUGAAGAGCUAAAUACGUUUUUAGGAUAAGAUGAAAAAUUGGAAAAAACCGGUGAAAAUACUGUCAAUCCAAUGAGGGUAUAUUGAACAUUAUUCUUUUCAUUGUUUUGAGUAUCCAAAAAAAUUCUUCCCACUCAAAUAAUCGUUCAGCAUAUGAUCUCUGACCAGGGUACGAGGCGUCAUAAUAAUUACGAUAACGUUUGUCACGAUUCGAGAAAUAUGAUUGAUUUUUCACCCCCACCCCCCCAAGAUAAAUUCUUAUUAUAAUAAUUGUAACCCCCCGUCUAACAGUGACAACAAGUAGGUGUGCUUUCAUACAGCGAAAGUAUGUCCGAAUUCGUUUACUUCGCGGUGAGAGAGAGCGAGAGAGUGAGUGAGAGGGAUAGAAUGAGUGAAAAAUCCGUGUGCCGUCGGUCCAUCUUUAUAAAUAGAAUAGACUCAUGAUUAUGUUAUUUUUUUCUCUGUCACGUAAUAAGCCAGAAGGACGAGCAGAUUAUCCAAUAGAUUUCGUAGUUUCGCGUUUAAUGGAUAAAUGAAUUUUGAAUAAUGUUUACAACUAAUAACACGACUGACUGCUGGUUAAGUACGGUUGUGAAAUCUCCCGAGACUCGGAUGUUACAUUUUUCCUUCUUUUUGUUUAUUCAAAAACUUGUUUUUCUUCUCUUUCUGUUCGUUAGCGGCCGUAAACAACGUGCCUCAACAAUGGAAUUAUUGUAUUUACAGAUAAAUGGUGGAUUUAAGACAAAUGAAAAAGAAACGAGUUUUGUUGUUUUUUUUUUUUUUUUUUUUUUUUAAAUUGCGAUUAUUAUAGCUGUGGAUAAGUGCAUCAAGUAGUUACAAAUAUCCGUCGACUGUGUGUGCGAGGGCUAUUCCAGUGCCGGCGACUCGUCAACACUAUGGAAAAUCAUUGAUACAAUUUGCCAGCCACCGCGCGAUCGUGCAUCAAAUGAGGAAAGGACGAAAUGAUUUUUGCCGAAUACGGUUGUGUGCGAUUUUUACUUUUACAAUUUCGAAAGAAACAUGAUUUUUUUAGUAAAAUUGUGAAACCGCAAUCGAGCAUUUAUAUCCACAUUUUGCGAAAAUAUUUUAGAAUCGUCCAAUGAUAAGCGGCAUUAGAUCGCUCUCGGAACAAAAUGUAUCGAUAAUUUCAUUAAUUAUAAUAUGGCAAGACGAAAAUGACACUGAAGACUACGACGUAUAACACAGUGUCGAAAAGUGCAUAGUCGCUUACUUGAGAUAAAAAAGAACAAACGAUCGAACAUUGUCUUUGUAUACAUACGAGGAAACAAUCCACUGUAACCGAGCUUGCAUUUUUUAUUUUUAAAUCGAUGCAUUGCCCGAACAACGGUAACGAUGUAAUUUCUAUUGUUUGUACCAGCAACUACCAUUAAUCGAUUUAUCAUGGAUCUUAUGCCCGUGUAACAUGUACCGUUGCAAAUAUCGUUAUAUAUUUUUAAAAGAAGGUUUCUAUUUCGGAAUUGGCAGCUUUUUUUGAAUGAUACAAGUGGGAGGUUAGAAAGAAGUUUGGAUAAUUAUAUAGUCGUACGAGAAUCCAAGUCGUUUGUUAACGAGAAAGAGAAAAAGAUUGAGAGCGAGAUAAACAAUAAGUUUAACACCAGCACGAUUAAUAAUCGUUAACCACGACCAUGUACGAUCAUAAGAUUAUGCGUUCGUCGCGAUUAUCGUUUUUUUUCUUCUUUUUUUUUUUUAAAAAAAAAUCAUGUGAACGUGCGAGUACGAGUACUUUUGUUCGUGUGUCAACUGUAAAUAAUUAUAAUGAACAUAACAAAAAGGAACGAGAAGCCUUGGAACACGUGGGAAUAUAAAAUACAAAGAGGAAACUGUGUGAACGUAUAUAUAUAUAUAUACGAGUGUUGGAGAUUUCGCACUAGAAAUAUGAUUAUGUAGUUUGUUCUUCAAUGAAGGGACGAACGCCGAAGCGAUUAAUGAAUAAAUAAAAAAAUAAAAAAGUUACAAAUACGAUUAUAUGUAAGGGACGGUUGAAUGCUGCGGCCGUGACAUCGCGUUUAGAUAAUUAAAUUAAUACUUAACACGUUAAGUGAUGCGUGAUGCCGAUAAGAGAGAUGUUGCUUAUGCCAAAAGAAAGGAAGAGAGAGAGAGAGUGAGAGUGAUAGAGAACAAAAAGAAGUAACUACAAAAAUAAAAUAUAAUUAAAUGCAGUGCGCCUCUUGCCUUGCGAAUGAGAGAAUCCAAGGCGAUUCACCGCUGUCGUUACAAAACACCGUCUCCGUCGUACGGUUUUACACUUUUUGUGCAAAAGUAUCCGUUACGAUUCUCGUUCGAAUAAUUCGAGCCAAUUCCACAGUUAUAUAACAAGAUUCAUUGACUGGUUGAAGAAAAUGAGAAUUAUAUGGGCGAGCCUCUUUUUUUCAUUCGAAAGAGACUGUGAACGAGUUCGACAGAGUCGAUGAAUCAAUUUUUAGGAUCAAUUCCGUCUCUAUCAUUUACCAAAAUAUUCUCAAAUGGGAUUUCAUGAAACGUCUAUGAAAUUCUUCAAAAUAAUUGAAAUUUAUUCAGAAGAAAUGCCUUAAUAUAGUCUUACGGAAGAAUUUUUGAAAAUCGACCCUGCUUCAGACUCGUUCUCGGCUAUCCCUCGAGUUAGGAUUCCAUCAAAAUACCAAACAAUCGAUAAUAAUAACGUUGAAAGAUAAUAGUUCAUUCCUAUUGGAGCAUCAGUCGAAUAGAAAAAUAAAAUAUUCUUGGAGUCUUAAAUAAUUUAUCGUGUGAAAAUUCAAUUAUUUUUUUCUCACCAAAUGUACUAUUUGCUGUACUGAUUUUUAAUUUAUAGUCUAAUUGCCUUGAAAAAUUUUACAAAACAAUUGUGAAACGCCGCAAAGUUCAUGAAAUUCACGAGUCGUCCAUACGGUAUUGGUUUGAUGCUGUUCAUAAAUAUCAUCUCUGUUGUUGUUCUCGGUACAAAAAUAUUUCGACGGAUUCCUCAAACACGCGGCAACCACGAAAAUCCUCAUUUUUUUCACGUACAGCAUGAUUUUGUUUCUGCUGCCCAGUGAGAGAUACUUUGCCAAAAUAUUUUUGGGUCUCAAAAGUUCAGUACUUUAAAAAAAGUGGUGUGAUCUUCGAGCGAAACAGGAUGGAGCGAGAAUAACAUUGCCAUUGCACGACUCACGAUGUAACGGAUUAAUUGGAAAAUGUGGAAGUGCAAAAGAACAAUUCUCAUAUUGCGACCUGUGAGCGAGUGCUGAUGCUAGAUUUGGAAAACUCUCCGAUUGGUCACUAUACUAGAUAAACAAAAAUUAGCUUCGACGAACGGGAGAAAGGAAAAAAGGAUAUUAAAAAAAAAUAAACGUUUGACAAGGUAGAGGCAGUAAAAAAGCGGUGUGAUUGUGCAUUCUAUAACUAUCGUCCAUCGUAAUAAUAAGUUAGGUGAUGAAUCUUUUGUUUUCCUUAUUCGCGCUUGUAUAUAUUUAUACAUAUACACGCGGUGCAAAAAGCUCAUCCUCGUUCAGCAAUUAUCGAUCGAUCAAGCUAUAUUAAUCGUGGGCAGUUAAAGAGAAACCACGCCACUGAUCGUUUAUAACGUGCGCAUAGAGACGCGUGUCUUAACAGAAGGAGAAAAAAAAAAACAAAGUAAAAAAAUCAGCACCGCUUCAUUCUCUCUGCCGGACGAAGUUAAGAGAUUAUAAGAAAAUAAAAGAGAAUAAAUGAAUAAAAGAGCUCGCUCGAGAUCUCUAAAACAAAGUUGCACGAAGGAAUUUUGCUAGUGCAAUUGGCAUCGUUUGUAAUACGUCUUAAAAUUAAUAAUUUUAAUGUUAUAAAUUUAUGUACAUAACGAUUAAAAUGAUUUAGUCAUACAUUACCACUCCACUAA